AUGGUGUUCGGAUGUAGCGUCAGUCAACGACGACAAUUUGAGGCUAGGUUGGCCAAAGUAUCGUCUGCGAGUCUGGCGCACCCUCUCCUGAUCCCCGGCAUAUUCGCUGAGUUAGAGCGAAAACGCCUCUCAGAGCGCGUAGAAGAUACACUCGAUCGCUUCACGCUACGGACCAGUUCACUGUCCGACUCGCCGGACCGAGAUCUGGUAAUGCUGGACAUGAACGAGGAGCAGAUGAGUGAUUAUCUACAACUAUGCUAUGAAAGUCAGAGCCUUGCCAAAGAGUUGAAAACAGUGAAGAGACAACUCGCAAAAAUGGUCCAGUUCUGUGACGACUUCAAGCCCUCAAGCUCAGCCAAGCACCAGACUGUCCUACGUUCUGUGGACCAGGAAGAUAUCCUUGCUAAUGGGAACAGUAUUGAUGUAAUUAAUGUGAAUAAAAUGCUCAAGGCGAGGAUACUUGAAAUCAUGGACGAAUAUGAUGACAAGAUUGAGGAGUGUAACAUGAUAAUGGAUAACAUGUCUAUCACAAUGCAGACCGUCUGGAGUCACAUUGCCAGGCGUGAUGCCAUCGUCAACACAAACAUCGCUAGAGCUAAUAAUUCUAUUGCACUCGAUGCGAAGCAGGACAACGGACAGAUGAAGUCGAUAGCAUUUCUUACAAUGUUCUAUCUGCCUGUCUCAGCUGUUGCCUCUAUAUUCUCCAUGUCCAUGUUCGACUGGUCACCAAGUGAAGGGUCGGUUGUAUCGGAUUCUCUUUGGGUGUUCAUUCUGGUAGCUACUGUACUUACUGCUUUGACACUGUUGGUCUGGCAGAUCGUAACGUGCCGGCAAAAGAGGAAAGCUUCGUCCAGAGAUCGGGAUUUGGAAGUGGGAUACGCUGCAGAUCAGCUUGAGAGCAAGGAUUUCAUAUAA